UAUUACAGUCAACCGGCGAGCAGACGCCGGAGCAGUGCGGGCUUGGACUGUUCGCGGGACCUGACGGAGAAAACACCCUUCUGUAGACUCGUCGGAGGACUUCUGUUUUUCUUUUCGUCUGCGGCGCCGAAGAGCGCGCGUUGCGUGUUGUGUGUGAGUUUUGUCGUCAUCACCCGGCAACAUCGUGCGAGGCCUUUGGAAAGCAAGGAACGUGUUUGGGGGCAUACACAACCGGCAAAGGAUCGAGCCGUCCAGGACGAGUUCCCUGAAGCGCGUGUAAGACUGGCUUGUGCAGAGUUACAGUAGCACGAAAGGUGACGGCCACCGUGGGGGUUACAUCUGAAGCCAAAAAUGCAUUGGGGUGCAGUCUUCUUAGUCAUCGGUGCGGUUGCAUCACAGCUUGCUGAUGGCGGCUACAUCUUCACGGCGCCAAAAAUACUGCGUAGCGAAACGGACGCCAUGUUCCGGCUAACGCUCACCGACGUCAAAGAAGACGGCAAGGUGACAGUCCGGCUCCUCAAGUACAAUAACGACAGCAUCGUCUUGGCCGAACAAGAGUACGACAUUAAGAACGGUGAAAGUACCUUUCUGCCUUUCCGAGUGCCCGAGCAUCUGGACAGUCAAGCCAAGAUCGAAGUGAACGGAACUUUCGGAACCUAUGUAUUCGGGGACAGGAAGGAGAUUGACUUCCAAAAGUCCAAAAACACCAUUCUUGUCCAGUCGGACAAGGCGCUGUACAAGCCAGGACAGAAAGUUCAAUUCCGUGUUCUGCCUAUCAAUAACGAGCUGAAGCCUGUCACGGAUGUCAAGGCUACCAUCUACGUCACAAGCCCCAGCGACGUUCGGAUAGCUCAGUGGAAUGACGUCUCCUUUGAAAAAGGAAUCGUGCAGCGAGAUUUCCAGCUGACAGAAGAACCCGAGUUGGGCCUGUGGCAGAUUGUCGUCGAACUUCCCACUCAAACUAUGAGGCAACACUUCGAGGUUAACGAAUAUGUGUUGCCGAAGUUCGAGGUUACCAUAAAGCCACCAUCCUACGUUCUUGCUGAUGCCAAGGAAAUAACGUGGAAAAUUUGCGCACACUACACCUUCGGCCAGCCUGUCGAUGGAACCCUUACAGUGAAUGUGACGUACGAACGCUACAGCUGGGAGAAGGAUGACUACCCCAAGAUCAACCACACGGGACCCAUCAACGGAUGUUACGACAUGGUCGUUAACACGACCCUGCUUCGCUUCCAUGAGAACUACGAAAUCUACAAGCGCAUCUCGCUCGUGGCGCAAGUGAACGAGACCGGCACUGGUGUGACGAUGAACAAGACCAACUUCAUCAGCCGCAGCUUCAACCCGCUCGAGCUCAACUUCCUGGAUGGAGAAGACGGAAAGAAUUACUUCAAGCCUACGAUGCCUUUCUACGGCAGGCUUCUGGUGAAGAAGCCCGAUGGUGUUCCUGUGGGCGGAGAGCUCGUGCAGCUCUGCUUGCUGUCACAGUCCGAGGAGAUUAAGCCCCGUUGGUGGCGUACCGACCGCCGGCUCAGUUGCAAGAACUACACUUCAGACGAGUCCGGUAUCAUCAAGUUCACCAUCCCGCCACUCAAGGCUAGCGUGGUCACUAUCAGCGUUGAGGCGGUGGCCAUGAACUACGAGACGGUGAAGUACGACACGUACGGCGUCAAGAUAAACCAGCCCAAGAGCACGCUCUACCUCCAGGCCUGGUACUCGGCGAGCAACAAUUUCAUCCAGGUGGAGCCGUCGAAGGGCCCCAUUCCGUGCGCGGGAAAACACUCCAUGCGACUGCGAUACACGGGAGAACCCGACACGCAGAAGCAGUUCCACUUCCAGGUUAUGGCUCGCGGCAAGAUACUAAAGGACAAGGUUGUAGAUGUUGCCUUCAAGCCCGACGAAGCGGUCCUCGUUGAUGACAGCUUUUUGGUGGAGGAAGAUUUGAACGAGACGCUUCCUAGCAAUAUGGCUGAGGGCUCCGUGCCCACGGGCAGCUUCGAGUUUGAACUCGAACCGGACUACAGCUACGUGCCCCGAGUUAAAGUGUUGGCCUUCUAUGUUCGGCCCGAUGGCGAGGUCAUCGCGGACUCCGAGCAGUUCGAAGUGGAAAAGUGCCUCCAAAACAACGUGUCGAUGAGGUUCGGUUCAGAGGUGGUGCAACCAGCGACUUCCGCUGCCAUCCAUCUUAACGGCUCUCCCCGCUCCUACUGCGGUGUGGGCGUUGUAGACAAGAGUGUUCACCUUUUGAAGCAGGACAAUCAGCUGACGAAGGACAAAGUAUACGACAUCCUGAAGCGUUUGGACAUCACCCGAUACACAUGGCCGAAGCAGGCGUCAUACGACUAUUGCCGAAAACAACUGUUGAAAAACCCUCAACAGUUCAAGCGGAACAUCUGGAAUGGACCGAGGUCCUCUAAUGUGGAAUAUGUCGAUUCAAUUACGGCUUUUGACGAAUCUGGAGUAAUCGUCAUGUCGGAUCUGACGCUCGAAACGAGGCCUUGCAGGAAGAACAUCUACGACAGACCACCAUACGCCCUCGCGGCUCCAGCGACGAGGGUCUCCUUCCACUCCUACGAAGUUGCAUAUGCUUACCAGGGUGUCAAGGAUGCGGAGGAGUACGACGACGACCAGCUAGAAAUAGCAGCAGCCCUGCGGAGUGGCGGAGGCCGCCAGAGAGAAACGACGACAAGCCCUACCCUGCAUCUAACGACCUCAGUGCCGACAGCCGUCCCGUUCAGGGCUACGCAGAAAGGUGGCUUGGCUGGAGUUCCCGUCGCACUGGACUCGGUGGCACAGAGCGCUCCGUCUUUCAACAUCCCGGCCAAGUCGGCCGUCGAGGUGCGCACCUACUUUCCCGAGACCUGGCUCUGGGAUCUCAAGGAACUCGACGAGCACGGUGAGUUGAGCUUCAAGGAGAAGAUUCCGCACACCAUCACCGAGUGGGUGGGAAGCACCGUGUGUAUAAACGCGGAGGACGGCAUCGGCGUCUCGGACCCGGCUAAGAUCAAGGCGUUCCAGCCUUUCUUCGCGUCCUUCAACUUGCCUUAUUCGGUGGUGCGCGGAGAGCUUGUGCCCGUCAAAGUGUCCGUCUUCAACUAUCUCGAAAAGUGCCUGCCGGUCGACCUGAAGUUGGCGGAGUCCGCAGACUACCACAUCGAGGGAGAGUCGGAAACAACGCUUUGCGUGUGUGGCAGCAAGAGCCAGGUGCACAAGUUCCAGAUCAGGCCGCACACCAUCGGAGAGGUGAACCUGACUGUGUCAGCUGCCGGAUCACAGAGCGACACGGCCUGUGGAGAGCAGCCCGUGGAGAAGGUGGUGGCCAAAGAUGCAGUCACUAGGCCACUUAUCAUUGAGGCUGAAGGUUUUGAAAAGGAAGAGACCCAGAGUGUGUUCGUAUGCCCUAAAGAAGACGCAGCAAAGAACGAGUUUGACUUGGUCCUUCCUGAAGACUUGGUGGAGGGAUCCGCCCGCGCUUACGUUUCCGUAACAGGAGAUAUUAUGGGCCCCGCAAUCAAGAACCUCGGCUCACUAGUGCAAGUGCCUACGGGAUGUGGAGAGCAGAACAUGGUCAAGUUCACGCCCAACGUUUACGUGCUCGACUAUCUGAAGGCGACGGGAAAGAACCAAGAAGAAAUCGAAAGGAAAGCAGUGAACAACCUCAAAACAGGUUAUCAGCGCCAGCAGAAAUACAAGCAUUACGACGGCUCGUACAGUGCCUUCGGAAAUAGCGACUCAUCGGGUAGCAUGUUCCUCACGGCGUUCGUGGUGAAGUCAUUCAAGCAGGCCGAGAAGUAUAUUCCCAUUGACGCCGGUAACCUCAACGAGAGCAUUAAGUGGAUCAUAACCAAGCAGAAGACCAACGGCUGCUUCCAAAACGUCGGCACUGUUCUCAGUUCCGGUCUGAAGGGCAAGGUUAACUCUACUGCUCCGGGUGCGCUGACGGCAUACGUGCUGACAUCACUACUUGAAGGCGGCCUCGCUGACGCUCAGGUCGUAGAGUCUGCGCUGCGCUGCAUCAGCGCCCAACGUGAUCCGAGUGCGCACAACUUGGCUCUGUCUGCCUACGCCGCUGCACUGGCCGGACACGAGUCCGCCAAGGAUUAUCUUGAAAAGCUCGAAUCUAUUGCGGUUCACAAGGGUGGCCUUACGUACUGGAGCAAUGCCGGCAAGAAGGGGCCUUCAGCGUCGGCCGACGUUGAGACAGCAGCGUACGCGGUGCUGGCCUACCUGAAGCUGAACCCGCAGGAGAACCUCAACAAGGCGCAGCCAAUUGUCCGCUGGAUGGCAACCAAGAGAAACAGCCGCGGAGGCUUCCCGUCUACACAGGACACAGUUCUUGGCCUUCAAGCUCUCUCAGCGUUCGCCACAUUUGUCAGCAAGGAUCCCGUCGACAUCACAGUUAAAGUUGACGGCAACGAGGUUAGCGAGACUUACAACCUGAAGGAGGACACUAAGCUGGUCGUACGAAAGAAGGUUGUGAACUUGCCCAACAAGCUCACCUCAGAAGCAUCAGGUCCCGGGUGUGCUUUGGUGUCGACCACAUUGAAGUACAAUGUUCACACGGCACCCAAGAGCGAAGGCUUUGAACUCACGGCCACUCCGUCCCAAGAAGCAACAGACUGCAACGACCACAAGCUCAAUAUCUGCAUUAGAUACGACGGCGAGCAGCCCUCUAACAUGGCAGUGCUGGAGCUGAAGCUGGUUUCCGGCUACAUUCCUGACGAGGAUCACAUUUACAGCCUAUACCGUGAGAAAGACGUCAAGCUGAAGAGGCACGAAGUUGAGAAGAACCAAGUGAACUUCUACUUUGAGGAGAUAACGUCAGAGAGCAAGUGCUUUGACGUUCGCCUUCACCGCGAGUUUGCCAUUGAAGACGCGAAGCCCGCCACAGUGAAGGUCUACGACUAUUACGAGCAAGAAAACAGCAACUCUGUGCCCUACUCCCUCGUGGCGUCGUGCUAGUAAACAUCAAUCAUCAUUUUUAUUCAACAUUUAUUUUUAUAUUUUGCUCGCGCCCUUUUUUCGAACGAACGGGACAAUGACAAUACGAGUCACAAACAGAACAUUAAGUCAACGCGCAUUUACCUUUUCGCACCUAUAUAUUUUAUUUUUUUUUUUUGUCGUCACCAGAUUCAUGCUUUUCGCUUUGUCUAUAGUGUUCACCACCAAAGGCUUUUUUAUACCGGUCACACUUUUUAAUGAACGAAUGUACGAGUACUUACUAAUAUGUGCCAUGUUGCGAAGCAAGACAAAACGAAAAAUGCAGAAAUAAUGGCUUCCACUGCGCGAACCAUGAAGCAAGCCAACGGGACACACAAUAUUUAAUUCUCAUCCCCGAGUAAGGUUGGAGGACUUAAACAGAGUGUGCGUGUGUAUGUGUGUGCGUGAAACAGUCGUGCAUUUGUGACGUCGCCAUGUUGAGUUUUCUCCGUAGAGCGUUUUAGCGAGCCGAGUGGAAGAGUAGCUUUAUAUAUUUUGUACUUGCGAGGGCGAUAAGCACGUUGUCAUCUGCGAGAACUCACUGUUACACAUAGUGUCAUGAAGAGCAAAUAAAGGUAAAUUUUUUCAGAA